AUGGGCGGCCACGAUGCGUUGUCGCGUGUCGCCACACACGGCGACACGUACUGUACAGGGACUGAUGUAUCCGAAACAAGCUUUCCCGCAUUAUCUCCCGUCGGGCCUCCCGCCACACAUCCCGCCGUAGUUCCCGCCGCAUCUCCCGUUCCCUGGCGCGAGCGAGAUGGCGCGGCGGCGGCGGAGACGGACAUGAGAUGGGCUGUAGCGCGCUUCGCGGCGUCUCCUCGUACCCCUAAAAGGAACCCCGCUCUUAGUACUACUACUACUACCACCAGAAAUUCUGCCGCUACGAAUCAGGCCGCGCGCAGGGGAUCUCCGCGACAGCCAGCGGACAAAGCGGUUUGCGCAACACGGGAGGAAGAUCCGCAGCCGCCGUUUGACUCGCCUGCGCGGGGGUCUCCGAGGCAACCCGCGAGAAAAGCGUUUUGCGCGGCGCGGGAGGGUGAUUCGCGGGAGUCGUUAGAGUCGCCAGCGGCGCGAGGGGGGGCAUCGUUGCAGCAAUGCGGCGGCGAACGGGAGAAAGGCGACGUGAGGAGAUCGUCGGAUUCGCAUACAUCGAUUGCCACGCCAGCCGUUGAGGCAGCGCGGAAGGUAUCUUCGCAGCAAUGCGGCGGCGCGAGGAGGAAGGAGAGGAGAUCAUUUGAUUCGUGUGACCUGCUUAAAACGCCCGCCGUCGAGGCCGCGGUCGGUUCGUCGCUCUUGAGAAUUCUCAAAAGCGAGAGGAGGAAGGAGAGGAGGAAGGAGAGGACGGAGGAGAGGACGGAGGAGGGGACGGAGGAGAGGACGGAGGAGAGGACGGAGGAGGGGACGGAGGAGAGGACGGGGGAGAGGGGGUCGUUGGAUUUGUGUGACCUGCUUACAACGCCAGCCGUUGUGGCGGCGGGGAGUUUGUCUCUUCAAGCGUCAUGCGGCGGGAAAGAGAGGGAGAAGAAGGGGGGGUUGACGAAUAAACUGCUGAAGGAGCAAAAAAAAGGGGAAUUUUAUGAAGGGGCAUCGCCUGGCAAGGGAAGGCCGGCCGUGGUAGGUAGUGUCGCGAGGGCCAAGGAGCGAGAGACGAAGGAGUUGACAGAUAAGCUGCUGACGGAGUUAUUUGAGAGAGCACGGAGUGACAUCGAGGGAGCACUGAGUGGCAUUGAAGCAGCACCUAGCGGCAAGGUUAGCCCGCCCGCUGUGAGUAGCGCGAGGGUCAGGGAGCGGGGAAAGAAGGAGCUGACAGAUAUGCUGCUGAAGGAGGCCUUCGAAAAAGCACCGAGUGGCAUCGAGGGAGCACCGAGUGGCAAGGGGCGGCCGCCCACGGCAGGUAGCGGCACGAGGGCCCAAGGCAGGAGGAGUAGUAUUGGGUCGCUGGCAGAGCUGCGCCAGCUGGCAAGGCCAGAGCAUGGGGAUCUGAUGACGCCGCAUGGGCAGCUGAUGAGAGAGCAUGAGCGGCAGCAGCACAAGGAGCAGGCGAAGAGUGGUAACAGUGGGCCGUUGCGCGCGUCUCCCUCCGCCCGUGGGAACCACAGGCGGAGCAGGAGCACGGGGGAGGUUGAUGCGCCGUUUGAGUCGACCCAGCAGGCGCAGCAGUCGUCUCGCAAGGCGUCACCCUCCGCCCAUGCCCGCCACAGGCAAAACAGGAGCACGGGGGAUGACGCUGCGCCGUUUGAGUUGAUCCAGCAGAGGCAACAGUUUUCUCGCAAGGCGUCACCCUCCGCCCAUGCCGUACACAGGCGCAAUAGGAGCGUGGGGGAUGAUGCUGCGCCUCUUGACGCUGCGCCUCUUGAUGCUGCGCUUGCAGCGCCUCAAAAUCCUCCUCGUGCCACAGCCGUCCCUCCCUCUGCUCCGCGUCCGGACCAGCCGCAGUGCUUCUCCCCCAAUGCAGCCCCGCCCGGGCGCCUUGCAUUGUCACUCAAAGCACUCGUUGGCAGGUUGACGUUCGCCCGCCCACGUGGGGAUGGCAGCAGAGGAGGGGAGAGGAGGGCGGGUGGUAACGGCGGUGGUAACAGUGGUGGUAACGGCAGUGGUGGCGGCGGCAGCAAAGCUGGUGGGUUCAAGGAGGCACCAACAGCCACACAUGAGCUGCAGCGCGGCGGGCGGCUCAGUGGCCAAGCUGUUUCAGACCAGCCGGCGCUUGCUGACCAGACGGAGCUUGCCAGCCAGACGGAGCUUGCCGGCCAGACGAGGCUUGCCGGCCAGAUGAAGCUUGCCGGCCAGACGGAGCUUGCCGGCGAGACGAAGCUUGCCGGCCAGAUGGAGCUUGCCGGCAAGCUGGAGAACGCCGGGUGGCGUGAUACAGCAGGUGGGAGGCACGGGCGAGGCUGGGGAGGCCUGCAGCAGAUGCAGCAGCGUUCGCAGCACAAUGGGGAUGCUGACCUGUACCAGCAGGCUUACCAGCAGGUUUGCCAGCCAGAAGCUUAUCAGCCAGAGGUGCAGGCAGAGCCAGAGGCUUAUCUACCACAGGCAGCCGCACAGGCAUAUGCACCCCAAGACGAGUGCACCGUGAACUGUGGUAUGCCACCAGUGCUCAAGUGA